CGUUGCUUCUGAUUGGUCGGUUGAUCAGUGGCUCGUCUCGUCCCGCCCCCUCAGCAGCUCGCUCUGUUUCCUGCGCCAGCAGCAGCAGCAGCAGCGGUGUGUCACCCAGUGAGGCUGGGCUGCUGCCGGAGAGAUCCGGAGUCACGCCGAAACACCCAACACCCGAACUGGCAUCACUUCACCGGGGCUAGAGGGGCUGCCCCGGAGAGUUGUUCACCUAAAGGUUGGAUCUCUACGGCCUCUGUCUGCCACCACUGCACCGUCCUCCUGAUGUCGGACUUCAAGCUGGGCAUCGUGCGGCUCGGCCGUGUGGCCGGGAAGACAAAAUACACACUGAUUGAUGAGCAGGACAUACCGCUUGUGGAAAACUAUGCGUUUGAGGCGCGCAUGGAGGUAGAUGCGGAUGGCAAUGGAGCUAAGAUCUUUGCCUACGCUUUCGACAUUGGCAAAGGCCGCUGGGCAGGAAGGCCAUUGCAUGAGCUGCUCUGGGAGAAGCACAGAGGAGGCAUUGCCCCCAGUUUUCAAGUGAUCCACAUCAACUCUGUGACGGUGGACAACCGGCUAGACAACCUGCGACUGGUGCCAGUGGGCUGGAGCCCCAAACCGGAGGAGAUCUCCAGCAAACAGAGAGAGCAGUCUCUGUACUGGCUGGCCAUCCAGCAGGUACCGGCUGACCCUGUGGAGGAGCAGUAUCUGGAGCUGAGUCGCACACGCUACUACAACGCUAACGGGGAGCUGGUGGAGGAAGAGGAGUGCUCCUGCACAUACUAUGAGUGUCAUUAUCCUCCUUGUUCACUCAUCGAGAGGAGGCUCCGGGAGUUCAACAUCUGCGGUCGCUGCCAGGUGGCGCGCUACUGUGGCUCCCAGUGCCAACAGAGGGACUGGCCCGCCCACAAGAAGCAGUGUCGCGAGCGCAAGCGGGUGCUGGCCCUCGAGUCGGAGCCCGAACGAUGAUCGGUCCUCUGUCCUCGGAGAACGGGGGAGGGAGGGAUAGGGUUAGACUCGUGGGAGGGGAGCGGGGGAUGAAGUGCAAAAAAGGGGGGAAAUUGCAGACAAGAGACUAACGACAGAGGACAAUGUUGGUUGCUUGAUUGUUUGAUGGAUUCAGGGGGUAAGAAGAUGGAGGAGGGGGAAGGAGAAUAAAGCAAAAAGACAUCUGCCACUUCCCAGAACUGGUAAUUCUCCAUAGCUUGCUUGCUGGAUGACGGGGGAAAGGUAUUAUUUUUGUUUUUUCAUUAUUUUUCUCGAGGAGGGAGACCCUCGAGCUCUACCUGCUGCUAUGGUUUUGUAUGCGAGAGGGGAAAAAAGUCGUCUUGUUGAUGAACUGGACAAGCUUCUUUGGACCACAACACGGACAGUUGUCGUCAUCCACUUUUGUUCCUCCACCCGGCCGCUGGGUGUGGUGACGUCUGUGCAAACGGGGGACCCAGGGGCUGCAGUACCCGUCGUUCAGCUGGUACAAUGGGACAUGGACCUUUUCACUGUAUUGCUCCCUCUCUGACCUCUCUGGUGCACACGGCUGCUGUCUUCAUGGUCAUCGACACCUUAGCCGCCGCCGCCUCCCUGUCUGUCGUACUCCCCACGCAGCCAACCACGACACACAUCAGAUAGAUUUCACUGAUUGAAUCACACUACCAGUAUUGAGUGUGGGAGUGUGUAUGAGUGCGUAUGCUUGUGUGUGUAUGUUUGUGUGUAUGUGCUGCCAAUAUGUACUGAAGGACAUAGAAAUGGUCAACAUGGGUUAUGGGCAGGGUUGAUGUACGUCUUUUCUCUUCGUAAAAGGGCCACAGUUUUAAAAUUUCAUAUUUAAUCAUAAAUUGGUGGGUUAAAAAAUAUUUUCACUGUUCUAUAAUAAAAGUAGCUGCCAAAUAAUGGCUUUAAUUUUUUUCUAGAAGUUUGAGUUAUUUUAUUUUUCUAUCAAUUUGACAAGGUACAAAUUUUUAAUCACCUGAAAAAACUGGAUUUAUUACUUUUUUUUUCUUCUUUUUUUUAAAUCCGCAUUUUCAAAAUCCUCCAGUUGCUAUUUAAAAAGCUGUUCCGGGUGUUAUUAGUAUUUUGACAGGCCUUUGUCAGUAUCCCACAGAAACAAACUGCUUUCUUGUGAUCACAAAAUAAUUAUUUCAUGUUCUCAAGACACUUCAAUAUCUGCCUGAUGAUUAUCUGUACCAAAGUCUUCUCGGCACUCCUGUAUCAACUGGUUAAAAUCCCUCCAGUCCGUCAUAACAAACAACUGUCUCUUCAACUGUAUUUUUUGCACCUGCAGGGUUAUGGUAUGCGUGUGUCGGGGAGGGAGGGCGGGGGGGGUAGUGCUCUUGUGUGAGAGUUUGCUCUAAGGGUUAUUUUUUUGAAGAAAUUCUAUCAAUGGAGCUAUAUUUAUUUAAAACAUUUGAUUGUGAAACAUGUUUUUGUCCUGGUGAUAUUUGAAGGCAAAUGUUAUAAAAAAAAAAGUGGACAAUAUGGGACCUUUUUAUGUCACGUCUUUUUGGGCAGGGAGGGGGACUGAACAUUUCAACCCCGUUACUUGAUUUUUCUUUCUUUAAUCCUGAAUGAAUGAAUGAGUGAGUCCUCCUCGGUGUUGCCCUUCCAGAUUUUCCAUGAAAACACUGCACACCAUCAUUGUCACUAAAAAAAAUCUUCCACGUGAGAGACGUCUUGGAGUGUAAAACUUGAAUUCCCCCCCCACCCCUUUACACACCUUUUUGGUAAAUCUUAUUUUGGAGAGCGGUUUUAUGAACUGAACCAUUUCCUGCUUUUGUUUUCUAAGACACGGCAGUCCAAGUGAAAUUGUUCUGUGUCGACUUUAUCCUCAAUCGCCUGCCUUCCUUGUAUUACCUACAAUGCACACCUGCUUAAUGUGUCCUCUCGUGUCUUAGGUGAGGAGUCCAGACACAUAGUAAGCAUGUAAUUCACAGAUGUACAUGCGACUUGUUGAUUGUUUAUUUUGUAUGUGUGCGAACAGGUUUUCAACACUGCACUAAAAAUUUGGCUCCCAUGUUAGCGUUAUUUGUCAUAGAUGGGUUGAAGGGAGGGGGUGUGACUUGGAUUUGGAGUGUACAGAUUGUGUCUGAAAUCUUUUUUGUUUUGUAAGAAUAUAAACAUUAAUCACCUAGAAAUAAAGAGCUACAAUAUGUGAAUGGAAGUACAGUUGGGGGGGAUAACUGACCGUUGCUUUUCCAAUGUAAAAUGAUAAUAAAUAAAAUGAACCUCAUUUGUUGGA